GCCAAAUCCAGUGAUAUCGACAAAAAGAACAAUCCAAUUCACUUCAAACGCCUUCAGCUAAUAAAUCAUGGCUUCCUUCAGACUCUCUCUCUGCGUGGUCUUUUUUGUCUGGGCCAUGGGCAUCUACGCCGCGCCCGCCAUCCACCGCCACAGAGCCCUCCAUGCUCAACUCAUGCAUCGACAUCACGCAAAGCCGGAGGUGCCUGCUUCAGCGCCUCAUGUUCUCUUCGAGGAACAAGAGCAACCAAGCGCGAGAGCAAUUCCCGAGAGCUUUGAUGGUUCUGCAGGUCAGAGUCAUGACGCUGAAGAUGGUCAUGACUAUCGAGGCUUUGUUUAUACUGUGACACAAAUUAUGGGGAUUCCAAGGUGAGUUAAAGUGACGGAUUGACCAAAACCCUGAUUAACUCGAGCAGCAGGAAUGAUUAAUUAUGGAGGUACAUCAGGAUGAUUGUAAUUUACAAGGGAACGGCUCAGCACAAAUUGAACUCUAAUGUGGUGGAGUAUGGUGAUGGAGGUGGGAUGGGAGGGAGUUUGUGGUGUCAUUUCGAUUUGGUGGUUUCAAUACCCAUACUGGAUAGUCAGAUAUUGCGGAAUGUUUAAACUCAUUAACCUUAAGUCAAUAUUUGCUCCGACAUACAAUUAAAUAAUAGCCAAA